AUGCAUUCAUACGCUCGUAAAGCAUUAGAAAAUCAACUUGAAGUUUUGGAUGGAUUAAUCAACUCUGAGAACCCGACACCAAUAUGUGAGGGAAGUGUUGAAGGCCGACUGCCGGGCAAAAAAUCAAAGACGCUGGCCAGCGAAGGAGACACACAACAAAAUGUGUCAAAUUCUGCUUUAAUGAAUGUAAUGGAAAGAAUAGAAAAACUGCAGGAGGAAUCCCUCAGAAGACUACAAUCGCUAGAAUCUACGGUUCAAGAUAACACACAAGCAAUCAGAAGUGCUACCGACUCACUGGAACAGCUGGGGAAACAGGUGGACGAUGUAACACUGCAUGUGGACUCCUUGCAGAGUCAAGUUGAAACACUGGAGAAGGAAAAUGCUGUGCUUCGAGAAUCUGCAAGCUUACCAAAGAAGAUGGAACCUCAGAACAUCGCACAACAGCUGCACUUUUCUGUGGAUAUUGUCCACAGGCUUGGUCCCCGCUCAGCCGACCGUCACUCCAGCCGCCGCAUCAUUGUGCAGUUUCUAUCUCGCACACACCGGGAUAAGAUCUGGAAAGAUGCGCGAACCUCUAAGCUACUCAAGGAAAGGAAGAUCCAAAUCUUCGAGGACCUGACUCCAGAAACGAAAGAUGCAAGAAACAAGCUGUGGCCGAUGGUGGAGCAAGCCAGAAAAGAGGGAAAGCGAGCCGGCUUCAGAGGUGCAUGUGCCCUCAUUGAUGUUUUUUCCAGAGCAUCUGGACUUCAGCUCAAUCUGAACAAAUGCGAACUGCUUCCAAUCAAAGACUGCAGCAGCACAUCCAUCUGCAAUAUACCGGUAAAAGAUUCUGUCACUUAUCUGGGAAUCAUCAUCAACAAAAACGCAGACAGCAGUGCUGCUCAAAGUCAGACAACACUGGAGGCCAAACUUGGGGCCCUGCAGUGUCACUUCACCUGGGAUCUGGACCCCAGCAGGUCCAAACUGUUCUGUCUCAGGGACAUGCUGAAGGACAUCGGCACUGAGGAGGGAAACAGCUGGCAGGGUCACAUUUACAACCUGCAGGGGUACAUUCACUACCAGCUGGGCUUCACUGAAGAUGCCCAGUGUUUCUUCAGCAGGGCUGCAGAGGCCUUGCACCACAUGAGAAACACCGGCUCAGAUGAAGGUCCCUGGUUGGUGGUGAACUACGGGAACCUGGCUUGGUUGCACCACCAGCUGGGAGAACAAGCAGAGAGUCAGACUUACCUGUCAAAGGUCGACACCCUGCUGAAAGAAUACCCAUCUCCAUCAGAGGAUGAGCUCCAUCCAGAGAUCUACGCUGAAAAAGCCUGGACCCUGAUGAAGUUUGGCAGAGACAAAACGCUGCUGGCUGCAGAUUACUUCGAGAGAGCCAUCAGGAUGCAGCCGGACAUAGUGGAGUGGCAGACCAGUCAUGUCAUGGCUUUGGUGAAAGGUUGUGGGCACCCUGACGAACCACUGGAGGAAAACAUCCUGGAGAAAAUAAAAAUUGCCAAAGAGCACGAUCCAGACAACUUGUACCUUGCUGCUCUGUACCUUCAGGAACGUGCAAAGAAGGGAAGAAAAAUUGAAGAUGAAGUACGUGAGUUGGCCGAAAAGGUUUUGAGAAAGCCACCAAGUAGCUACAGUGGUAUAAGACCAUUACUAAAACUGUACAGAACGUAUAUAUCUAAAGAUGAGGCUAUUGAUUUGGCAGAGGAGGCUCUGGAAAGACAGAUAAAUCCAGAUAAACGUCAUCUCAAGUGGUGUGCUGCAAUCUGCUACAAAAGGAGGAUUUAUUCAGACAAAGACAAUCCCCUGGAGCCAAAAAAGAUAGACAGAGCAAUCAGUCUCCAUAAAGAAGUGAUCUCUCUUUAUCCUGAUUCUUCAGUUAAAGUAAAAAUAGCUCUCGCAAACAUAUAUGCAAAGUUGAAUCAUGGCCAGGAUGAUGCUGACCAGAUUUACCAGGAUCUGCUAGAAACUGAUCUGGAACCUGCAGACAGACAGAUACUGUAUAACUGCUACGCCAAGUAUUUGUACUUUGAUCGAAAGGAAAGCUACAAGGCAAUAAAAUAUCACAUGAUGGCAGCAGAGAUACCAAAUCAAUCUGGCUAUCGUGAGAGCAGCAUCAGAGAGCUGAAGAAGAUUAAAGGAAGAAGACACUACAUGUGUGGAGAAAUUGAUGAGUUUCUUGCUAAGCUUCAAGACUAA